AGAAUAAAAUUGCUUUAUUUUGAAAAAAAACUUGACGUAAGUAGGAAACGGAAGUGGCUGACACGUGGCGCAUGGACGAACCGAUCUGCUUCGCAGGCGAUCAAGAUGGCGGACUGAAAUGCUGAACGGCUUUCAAAUUUACGAUCCAGCAGUUUUAUAGAUUCACUAAAAUUCGUCCGUUCUAAAGUCCGCACGUUGAGUUUGGAGCGAUGGAAUGUUACGUGAAGUGAAGAUUGAAGACGUGAUAGAAGAUGGACGACUACUGCUAUGCUAAGAUGGCGACGUCCGCUAAAAGAGAACAUGAAAGAGAAUCAACUUCCAGCAAAUCACCAACGGAGAUAAAGACGAAAGAUGAAGACGUCCGGCAAUUGAUUGGUCAUCCAGAAGAACUUUCCCCUCAGCCGCAGGGUCGAGGCUCCACGUUGAAGCCAUUUCCUCCCCACAUUAAAAAGGAAGAGGAGGAACUCUGGAUCACUCAGGAGGGAGAGUGUCUUCUAGGACCCGAGGGAGCUGAUUAUACCAAGUUGCCACUGACUGUUGUCUCUGUGAAGAUUGAAGAUGAUGAAGAGAACCCAUCUGAGACCCUCCGUUGGUAUUGUCCUCCACACGCCCAGCAGCUGAAUGGUCAUCCAGGAGAACGUCCCCCUCGGCCGCAGGGAGGGAUCUCUGCUUUGAAGCAAGAGGAUCCACAGCCCCCUCACAUUAAAGAGGAAGAGGAGAAACUCUGGAUCAAUCCGGAGGGAGAGUGUCUUCUAGGACCAGAGGGAGCUGAUCCCACCAAGUUGCCACUGACCGUUGUCUCUGUGAAGAUUGAAGAUGAGGAAGAGAAACCACAACCAGACGACCUCUUAGCUCCACUAUCAGACAGUGAGGCUGAAGACGACGUUGAAGAACCUUUGAGCAACGAUGAUAGUGAGGCUGAAGACAAGGCUGAUGAACCUUUGAGCAGCGAUACAGACUGUGAAGGUGAUAUGAGGACUCACACUGACAACAAACACUCUAAAUGUUCUAUAAAGGAAAGUGGUAGUUCAGUUUGUGGAAAAAGCUUUUCCCCAGAGAACCAUUUGACUGAACACGUGAGUACACACACAGGAGAGAAAACAUUUAAAUGUACAUUUUGUGCUAAAAACUUCACUAAAAAGAGGGCUUUCACUCGACACAUGAGGACACACACUGGAGAGAAAAAAUUCAUUUGCUCAGUUUGUGGAAAACGCUGUUCCAUGAACACCCAUUUGACUGAACACAUGAGAUCACACACGGGAGAAAAACCAUUUGAAUGUGCAUUCUGUGGUAAACACUUCACCAAAAAGAGCAAUUUCACUCGACACGUGAGCGUACACACAGGAGAGAACACAUUUAUCUGCUCCGUUUGUGGCAAACACUUUACUAUAAAGUCCCAUUUGGCUGAACACGUGAGAACGCACAGAGAAGAAAGACCAUUUAAAUGUGCAGUUUGUGGUCAAAACUUCACUGAAAAGACCACUUUUACUCAACACAUGAGUACACACGCAGGGGAAAAAGCAUUCAUUUGUUCAGUUUGUGGUAAGGAAUUCUCCAAAAAGACCACUUUUACUCUACACAUGAGAGGACACACUGGAGAAAACACAUUUAUCUGUCCAGUUUGUGGCAGACACUUUACUAUAAAGUCCCGUUUGACUGAACACGUGAGAACACACACAGGAGAAAAACCAUUUAAAUGUGCAGUCUGCGGGAAAAACUUUACAAAAAAGUGCAAUUUUACUCGACACAUGACUACACACACAGAAGAAACAACAUUUAUUUGUUCGGUUUGUGGUAAGGAAUUUUCCCAAAAGACCACUUUUACUCUACACAUGAGAGGACACACUGGAGAAAACACAUUUAUCUGUCCAGUUUGUGGCAAACACUUUACUAUGAAGUCCAAUUUGACUGAACACGUGAGAACACACACAGGAGAAAAACCAUUUCAAUGUGCAGUUUGUGGGAAAAACUUUUCUAAAAAGUGCAAUUUUACUCGACACAUGAGGACACACACUGGAGAGAACACAUUUGUCUGUUCAGUUUGUGGCAAACACUUUACUAUACAGUCCCAUUUGAAUGACCACGUGAAAACACACACAGGAGAAAAACCAUUUGAAUGUGCAGUUUGUGGGAAAAACUUUACCAAAAAGUGCAAUUUCACUCGACACGUGAGUACACACAGAGGGGAAAAAACAAUUAUUUGUUAAGUUUGUGGUAAAUCAUUUUCCCAAAAAACCAUUUUUACUCUACACAUGAGGGGAGACUGGAGAAAACACAUUUAUCUGUCCAGUUUGUGGCAAACACUUUACU